AUGCACCAGCACCCCCACCACCACCACCACCAUCACCAGAUCUCGGUGAAGCGCAGGAAUCAUGACUUCAUCACGACGCUGGUGGAUCAAAAUCCAGUCCUAGCGCCGCUUUGCUACAUCGCAGUCCUGGUUGCCGUGAUCGGGAUCACCUGUCCAGGUGCGACGAUGCUCAGCUUCCUCGGCGGUGUCUUGUUUAAGCAGCCCUACGCCAGCGCUUACGCAUAUUGUGGUUACAUCAUCGGUGCGACAAUUUCAUACUUUGUCACGACCUUCGUGUUGGGAGACUACAUGCGGAAGCGCCUGGCUGCCAACUCCCAGCUUUACCAGAAAUUCGAGGCCAACGUGCGUCGCAAUGCUUUCGCCUACCUCGUGGCUGCUCGCUACACAAUGGUCUUCCCAUUUUUCUUCGUGAACGGCGCAGCUGCACUGGUAGGAGUUCGAUGCAGGACCUUCAUCGCUGCAACCUCUGUGAGUUGCAUCCCCGGGUCGGUCAUCUACACCACAGCCGGCGGCGCGCUGGCGAACUUGUUGCACAAGAUGACCGACGACGAGGAACUGGACAAGACACAGCUUAUCUGGGCGGCACUCAGCGACCCGAACGUCAAAAUAUGCAUGGCCGGUGUCACAUGCGCCCUUGUUGUGGUUGCCAUCAUCCAGCUCACCCAGUCUGAUGAAGAGAAGAAGGCAUCAAAGGGUGAGUAG